CACAAAAUGUCUUCUUUUGAGAAAUUAAAAUUAUUAAUUUGGAAAAAUUUUCUCUUACAACGAAGGCACAAAUGGCAAACACUUUUUGAAAUAGCUUCACCUGUGAUAUUUUCUUUAUUUUUAAUAUUAAUAAGAUGCCUUGUCGAUCCGCAAUCGAAGCCAGAUAUUUCCUAUCCACCUUUUCUCCCGACAUAUUUCAAUAUAAGUGGAAGACAGUUAGGAAACUUAACAUCAGCGAAGAGGGAAGGAACUUUGGCAUUUUCACCAGAAAAUCCACUUACAAGGAAGGUCACAGAAGAUGCCAUGGCCACAGUAGCUUUAGAUAAUUUAAAUGGAUUUAUUGCACUCCUCUUUGACCCAAAAAUGCUUCCCGAACCUAAAGGAUAUAAUGAUUCAAAAGCACUAGAAGCUGCACUCAUACAGCCAAAUGUUAUGAAUCGCAUCCUUGUUGGCAUUCAGUUUGAUGAUUGUAUGGCUAAUGCCACUGAAUGGCCUGAUGAUAUAAAAGUGACCUUAAGGUUUCCUGCAGUCAUGAGAACACCAAUGUUAGAACAUCCCAUACGAAUAAGCUGGAGAACGAAUUUACUGUUUCCUCUGUUCCCUCAACCUGGUCCUCGUGAGCCGAAUGACAUGUAUGGCGGCAAAAUGCCAGGCUAUUCACCGGAGAUGUUCCUAGCUGUCCAACAUGCUGUGUCACAGGAGAUUAUAAAACAAAAAACAGGAAAGCCUAUAAACACGAAAGUAUAUCUCCAACGUCUGCCUCAGCUCUCGUAUCGACGAGACGAUUUACUCGUCGCUAUGGAGAGAUUUAUAUCGAUGAUUCUGAUGAUGUGCUUCGCCUACACUUUCGUUAACACCGUCCGAGUUGUCACUGCCGAAAAGGAAAUGCAGUUAAAGGAAACUAUGACGAUAAUGGGACUGCCAUCAUGGCUGCACUGGCUGGCGUGGUUCAUUAAACAAUUCUCGUUCCUGUUAAUAUCUGUUAUGCUCAUGGUGAUAUUAUUUAAGAUUCCUUUUAAUUCGACCGAAGAUGGGGAAGGAUAUGCUGUGCUCACUUUUACACCGUGGUCGGUUUUAUUUUUCUUUUUGACGCUCUUCGUGAUAGCUUCGCUGUCUUUCUGCUUCAUGGUCAGCGUAUUCUUCACAAGAGCGAAUACCGCCGCGUCAUUCAUGGGUCUUGCGUGGUUUUCAACGUAUGCGGCGUUUAUGCUGACUCAGAUGCUGUAUGAGGAUAUCAGUCUAACUACGAAACUACUGCUCAGUUUGAUAUCGAACUCGGCUAUAGGAUAUGCGCUGCAAAUGCUUAUCAUAUGCGAGGGCACGUCUAAAGGCUUACAAUGGAAUCAAUUUUUCACACCAGUCUCCUAUCACGACCAGUUCCAGCCAGGACAUGUUGCAUUAAUGUUGGUUUUAGACUCUAUAUUAUACAUGUUAAUCGCUAUGUACGUUGAAAAAAUUCGUCCAGGGUUGUACGGCGUGCCUUUACCUUGGUAUUUUCCAUUUACGAAAAGUUUUUGGUGUCCCGACAAAAAGAAAGUAGCUGCGUUAACUAGUAAAGAUGGGGUCGACCAAGAAUAUAAGAACGCUUUGCUUAAAGUUGUGCACGACGAAGAACCUAAGGGAGUGCCAGUGGGAAUCAAUAUAGAAAAUCUAACGAAAGUAUUUAGAGGUCGAAAGAGAGCCGUAGAUAAUUUGAAUUUGAGAAUGUACGAAAAUGAAAUAACCGUGCUACUCGGUCACAACGGUGCUGGCAAAACGACAACUAUAUCAAUGUUAACAGGAAUGGUACCUCCGACAUCCGGCAUGGCGACUAUAAACGGAUACGACAUCGUGACGGAGACGGAGCAGGCACGCAAAUCCAUCGGGAUCUGUCCGCAACACAACGUCCUAUUUCCGGACCUAACAGUCGCCGAGCACAUCAUAUUCUAUUCUAGGUUAAAAGGUGUCGACCAAUCGAAGAUCGCCGAAGAGGUCGAUCACUUUGUCAAACUUUUGGAACUUCAAGAAAAGCGGGACGUGGUGUCGAAGCACCUGUCGGGCGGGCAGAAGCGGCGCCUGGCGGUGGGCGCGGCCAUGUGCGGCGCGUCGCGCGUGGUGCUGCUGGACGAGCCCACGUCCGGCCUCGACCCCGCCGCGCGCCGCGCGCUCUGGGACCUGCUGCAGCGGGAGAAGAGAGGCCGUACCAUGAUUUUAACGACUCACUUCAUGGACGAAGCAGACGUUUUGGGCGAUCGUAUUGCGAUCAUGUCCGGAGGUCGCCUGCAAUGCGUCGGGACUCCGUACUUCUUGAAAAAGCAUUAUGGAAUCGGCUACAAAAUGACCAUUGUCAAGGCGGAUAACUGCAACGUUGGUGAAAUUACACGAUUCUUCAAAUCAUACGUCCCUGAAGUUAAGGAGAAUACUAAUAUAGGUUCAGAAUUAACGUACAUCUUACCAAACGAUCAAGUCAGUAAAUUUCCCGAUAUGCUCAAAAAAUUUGAGGAGGAAAAAGAAAAUUUAAAGGUUUCCAGUUACGGCUUAUCUGUGACAAGUCUCGAAGAAGUAUUUAUGAAGGCUGGUACAGAAGACAAUGAAAUGGUAUCCAAAAAAAAUAAUUAUACAAAUUCAUGUAAUGACUCCGCCGUGGUUCCAGUGGAUUUACACUGUAAUAAAAUGUUGGCUAAUGGGCCUAUAGAAAAGGUACGAGGCUGGAAACUUCUGAAAAACCAUAUAAAAGCCAUGUUCCUAAAGCUAGCAUACAAUACAAUGAGGAAUAAACUUGCAGCUUUUAUACAGAUAAUAACGCCUAUCAUAAACAUUACAAUAUCAGUCUGCAUAGCCAGAUCUUGGAAAUUUAUGUCUCAGUUACCGCCGUUGGAACUUAGUUUAAAGAGUGGUUUUAGGAGAACGGAAACCCUAAUAUCUGAAGUGGCCAAUCUUACCGAAAAUAGUAUAGAAAAGAAAGCAAUGAUUGCUUACAAAGAUUAUUUUAAAAACGCAUCGGAUCCAUCCAUGGUGCUCACCGACUUGGGAAGAUUGGAUCUAGCAAAGUUUUACUUAAAAUUGAGCGGCAGCGCGCCGGCGCGGACGCGCUACGAGGCGCUGGUGGGCGCCACGUUCGCGCCGGGCCGCGUGACGGCGUGGUUCAGCAACUACGGCUACCACGACGCGGCCGUGGCGCUGGCGCUCGCCGACGACGCGCUGCUGCGCGCGCGCGCGCCCCGCGCCGCGCUGCGCGUCGUCAACCACCCGCUGCCCUACUCCAUCGAGAACCUGGUUAAAGUAAUGGCCAGCGGUAGCAGUAUGGGCUUUCAAUUCGCAUUCAACAUUGGAUUCUGUAUGGCGUUCGUUACAUCUUUCCUCGUAUUAUUUGCUAUCAAGGAGCGCACGAGUGGUGCGAAGCUCCUCCAACGCGUGUCGGGGGUCCGCCCCGCGACACUGUGGACUACUGCACUCAUAUGGGAUUGGCUCUGGCUGUUGAUAGUCUUUUUAGCUAUCAUUUGCACACUCGCAUUUUUUCAAGAGAAUACUUUGGCCACGCCCGAGGAACUAGGAAGGGUACUUCUGGUGUUGGUUAUAUUUGCGUUUGCAAUGAUACCUCUUCACUACUUGGCUUCGUUUUAUUUCGAAGCAGCAGCUACAGGAUUUUCAAAAAUGUGUUUCAUUAAUAUAUUUGCUGGUUGCAUGCCGUUUUUGAUAACAGAAGUUCUCAGAUUACCUGAAGUUGGCAAUCCAUACUAUGCGCACAUCUUGGAUUGGGUGUUUUCGCCACUACCCAUCUACUGUAUCAGCAGGAGUUUCAGGGACAUGAGCGUGUCGUCGUUCUCGCUGCUGGCGUGCGAGGCGCUGUGCGCGCAGUUCGCCGGCCUGCCCGACUGCACGCGCCACACCGUCUGCCACCAGCUCAACGUGUCGGUUUGCUGUCUCGACGAUGAUCCCUUCUUGAGAUGGAGUGAGCCUGGGAUCGGCCGAUAUUUAUUCACUAUGAGUCUCGUCGGACUGGUCACGUUCACGAUUUUGUUAUUAAAGGAGUACGAAGUUUUUAAUAAGGUACAAAUAAAAAUAUAUACUGCUGCGAAUGACGGGGAAGAGGACGACGACGUGGCGGCCGAGAGGCUCGCGGUACAGGCCAUGACUCGAACCGAACUCGCGACACAUAGCCUCGUGUGCCGCGACCUCACUAAAUACUACGGGGAUUUUCUCGCUGUCAACAGGCUCACCUUUGCGGUCCGCCAGGGCGAGUGCUUCGGGCUGCUGGGCAUCAACGGCGCCGGCAAGACGAGCACGUUCCGCAUGCUGGCGGGCGACGCGCGGCCCAGCGCCGGCGACGCGCGCGUGCUCGGCCGCUCCGUGCGCGCCGCCGUGCGCGCCGUGCACCGCCUCAUCGGUUAUUGCCCACAAUUUGACGCACUUAUAGAAAAUUUAACCGCUCGGGAGACACUUAAAAUAUUUUGUCUACUCCGCGGUAUUCCGGUGCAAGUGGGGUCAGCGCGAGCGCUACAGUUAGCUGAAAUGCUUGGAUUUAUCAAGCAUUACGACAAAAAAGUACAUGAAUGUAGCGGAGGAACUAAACGGAAAAUCAGCACUGCGUUAGCAUUUUUAGGCGAUUCGCCUUUAGUGUUUCUUGAUGAACCUACCACAGGUAUGGACCCGGCGUCGAAGCGGCUUGUAUGGGCGUGCGUGAGCGCGGCGGUGGCCGGCGGCCGCAGCGUGGUGCUCACGUCGCACAGCAUGGAGGAGUGCGAGGCGCUGUGCUCGCGCCUCACCGUCAUGGUCAACGGCCGCCUCUACUGCCUCGGCCCGCUGCAGCACCUCAAGAACAAGUUCUCGCAAGGAUAUACUUUAAUAGUGAAAUGUAAAGCUGGACCAGACAGAGACUCAACUGUAACAAGAAUAAAUCAAUACGUCCUUGAAAACUUUAGAGAUGCUAAACUCAUAGAAUCAUACUUGGGUAUUAGUACGUAUUAUCUGAACGAUCAAGGCUUACCGUGGUGGCGAGUAUUUCAUUUAAUGGAAGAGGCUCGCACGCUGUAUGCCAUCGAAGAUUAUUCGGUAUCUCAAACAACACUCGAACAAGUUUUUCUGCGCUUUACAAGAAUUCAAGGCCAAGUGGAUUGAAGUUUAGAUCUUAUAUAGGUACAUAUAUUAUUGUCGGAGGUAGUGAAGAUCGUGUAAAUGCAAAAGCCAAACGAUCUGUGAACACAAGAUGACCCUUAUCAAAAUACAACCUUAUUUGAAUAUAUACUAGUUAA